AUGAACUGCACCCCCAACACCACCGUUAACCCCCAGGGGGGUCAAAACCUGAACCCGGGCUCUGGGGGCGGGGCGGGGGAAGGGCCAGGGUCUACCUCUGCUUCUGGCGGUGGCGGCGGCGGCGGCCUUUGGGUGACAUCGGUCCUCGGCGCCAUGCUCAUGACCAUGUGCGCCCUGGGGGUGGCGGGCAACGUGUACACGCUGUUCAUCAUGCGCUCGGCGGCGCUGCGCCGCACGGGCUCCAUGUACGUGUACAUCCUGAACCUGGCCCUCGCCGACCUGCUCUACCUGUCCACCAUCCCCUUCGUGGUGUGCACCUACUUCGCCCACGACUGGCUGUUCGGCGAGGCGGGCUGCCGCCUCCUGCUCAGCCUGGACCUGCUCACCAUGCACGCCAGCGUCUUCGUGCUGGUCGCCAUGACGCUGGAGCGCUACCGCGCCGUGGCCCGCCCCUUCAGCGCCCGCCGCUCCCAGGCACGCGGCCGCAAGGUGGCCGCCGCCUUCAUCUGGGCGGCGGCCGUGGUGCUCACGCUGCCCAUGAUGGUGAUGAUCCGGCAGCGCCAGGGCAGCAAGGUCAACGCCGCCGGCGCCGUCAAGCGGAUCUGCUUCCCCACCUGGACCCCCGAGGCCUUCAAGGCGUACCUGACCGUCAUGUUCCUGACCAGCGUGCUGGUGCCGGGGCUGCUGAUGGUGGCGCUGUACGCGGGGCUGGCCAGGCACUACUGGGCGGCGCAGGCCAGCCUGGGCGGCUGCAGCAGCAGCAGCAGCAGCAGCCGCGGGCGCUCGGCUCGCAGGCGGGGCCUCAAGCAGAGGGUGGCCAGCAUGAUCUUCUCCAUCGUGGUGGCGUACUGGGCCUGCUUCCUGCCCUUCUGGGUGUGGCAGCUGACCAAGCUCUUCUCGCCCGAGAGCCUCAGGCCUCUGUCGGCCGCCACGCACAACUACGUCAACUUCUCGGUCACGUGCCUGACGUACGGCAACAGCUGCGUCAACCCGCUGCUGUACACCCUGCUGACACGGAACUACAAGGACUACCUGGCCCAGAAGGGGCAGACCACGGCCUCCAGCAGGGCGGAGGGCGGCUCGGCCGUCAGCGCGCCCUGCAUAGCCUUGCGCGGAGCCUCCUGCGGAUGA